UCGAUAUAGAUCUUUGACUCUAUAUGCAAGACAUAUAAAAUCAAAAGAUACACAGCUUCCAUCUCCACCUACUUGUCUGGAUAAAAAACAUUCAUUGCUACUCAUUGGCGAUCGAAAUUCAUCUUUGCACCUCAGGUAAUUGUUGAAAGAAAGGAAAUUGUGGGUAAUGAUAUAUAUAUAUAUUUUUAUAUCGGAUUUGUAUUACUAUAGUCUCAAUGCCGGGUAUCAUAUUGGAACAAUCCGCUGUACUCAACAAAUUUCAAAAGGAUCCAUUAAAAACAUCAGCUUAUCUCAAAAUGAUUCUACGAUUCAAAUCCUGAUACAACAUACUGGCACAGCCAAUUAUGAAAUGGUGACAUUGAACAGUCAGUUCUUACAAUCAAAAAAACUCCCAUUAUGCAAUGUAGCGACAAUCGAACGUCAAAUCAAUUAUUUACUUCAGUAUAUUCAUCAAUGUACAAAAGCUUUGGAAGCUCAUCGUACUGUUUACGCAACUUUGGCCAAAAGGAACGUGGAAAGAAUCUCUGACAUUGUAAAACAAGGCAAUAGUGAACUUUUACCUUUACCUCACAUUGAACUGUUGGGUUUGCUCGUGACUGGAAAUUUGAAUGGUGCCUUACCAGAAUACUUUAGUGAAGAAAUGACGCAGCAGAAAGCAACACAAUGGGAAACAAAAUCUUUACAUAGUUACUCAAGAAUACAACGCAUCAUUAUUGAAUAUCUUCAACCAGCAUCUGAACGUCUCUUAUUGAACCUCAGUCAACUACAUGGAUAUGGAUUAUGGACGGAAAGAUAUAGUGAUCUUUUAUGCUCGGACACUAUCACUACUGCCAUUGAACUCACUAGACAUUAUCUAUGGAUAACUCAACAACUUUUACAAGAUACUGGAAAGGCAUCCCGAAGAUUCGAAGAGUUUAUCAAAUGGAUCGUCCGCGUGGUACAAAAAAUAGCAGAUCAAGGUCAGACCGAUUAUAUGAACAAUCCAUCUGGUCCCCUAUAUCAAAAUCCGAACCUCAUUGUGGACUACUUGUUGAAAGAUUUUGGCUUUGAUAGCUUGGCAUGUUAUUUUGAUGAUAUCGACCAAAACUCACCGCUCACAAUGGAAAUAGAUGAACCGCAGACAAUUAAAAAUGAUGUGUCCUCUUCCAAUAUCACGCGUUCACUUCGAUCCGCAUACAAUGACAUGGCCAAACACUGUAAGACGAUCUUGGAGGAACCGGCAAAUACAAUGUCUCAUCUGAUCACACCGUUGGAUACCAUCCAUUUGGAUUUAUCGCCUACCAUCAAUGCUGACAAAUCUUUACACACUUUUUCGAAUGAAACACCUGGACGAAAUGAAGCAGCGAGAUUGAUUGAAAGCAAAGUAAAGAAAAGAAAAAAAAAGAUUGAAAAACAGCAGAUCUUUGAUUUGAAAUAACUGAUGCUUACUUUAUAUUAAUUUAUAGGCAAAGAUGGAACAUUAUUAUGCUUUUGUUAAAAAGGGCUUUUGUGGCAAUGACCAAGUUGUCAUUGUACGGAUCAUCUGGAAGGAAAAA